CGCGAAGGAAUAGACUCUACAAGAGGACCGGCGUCCCUAUCUCGGCGCCUUGACCUCUCCUGUCUCUAGAUGGUGUCGGUCUCCUCUCGACUACUAGUUGAGGACCAUCUCGAAGCUGCCGCCCCAUCACCUCCUGCGCAGCCUUUCGUCUAAUCCUGUCCGCCAUCCAACUACUCGCCAACUACCUCCUCGUACAGCCCUCGCCCAGCGCACACAAUGGCUAUCUUUGACCCGAUCGACUUCUUCAGCAUCGCUGACGGUCGCGACAUCGUCAUUGUCCAUGAGACGGCGCGCCGAAGGCGAGGUUCUUCACCCUCGUCCGUCGUCAGCUUCUCGUCUGUCUACGUUGACGAAGAAUGCGUAACACGUCCUCCAUGGUUCUCGUCCAGAAACCCGCUCACGCCAUUUGCUGGGCCUGGGUUGCCGUCCCCAUCCGUCUCAGCCCAGCCAGUUCCCGAAGAAUUAGACGCUCAAUUGGCCACUGCCGUCGACGGCCCAUUCACUGCCACUUUGGGGGCCUUGGCCGUCGCAAACCGGACGUCCAUUCCCAUCACCAUUGCUCCCCUGGAUCGAUUUACGAGGAACGCGGAGCGCCAUGAGGAGAUCGCCUUCUCCAUGGCAGUAGGUGUUCGAUGCGCACUGCCGUACCAAGAUUACCUGCCCUGCCCAGGAUCUGGUCCGGGGUCUGUCGCCGUGAGCACUUCGACGGAGAAUAUUGCUCCGUUCAUCAACCACAACAACCUAGCCACUGAGCCCGCCUUCCUUGUUCGUCCCGACAAUGUCCUCGUCUUGGUUCCCGGCCAUGUCGUGCUUGCUCCGACCCAGACCCAGCCCCAGCCCCAGCCCCAGACCCAGACCCAGACCUUAGACCAACAUCAGACCGACAGCCCGUCACCGCCGGCCACGACGGACAGGAGUCCCAUGAGCCGGUAUCUGGCAGUCGAGCAGCACCACGAGUGGCUCGCCGUUGUUCUUGAGCAGCAACCUCAGACUUUUUCUCAUCAGCUCCAGCAGUUGGGCUCGCAAGAACCAGAUUUGCCGCAACACAUGGGAGCCGCACCAGAUCAGCCAAAGACGCCACUCUCGUCAAUUUCCUUGAACGGGACUCGUACUACCCAUUCCGAUCCGGCUGAUCCUCCCGAGGCCCUCCCAACUUCCGAGAGAAGGCAGAGCCACGACCAACAAGGGAGCGAAAUUGCAGUCGAUAUGGACUGUGACUGUGACAACGCUUGCUCGUAUGACCCCGGAGUCGUCAAGAAGUCAAUUGACAUGCGGCGAGCUGAAAACGUCCCUGGUGAGACAGUGCCGCGUUCACAUAGACUGCCGAGGCAGCGCCCGAGGCAGAAUCAAAAGACUAGCGAAUCAUCUCCUGCCCGGAAGAGAGCCAGGGCAGACCACUAUCGCGGGACGCAAGGAGAGGAGUCAUCCUUCCAUGUUCCGCCCUGGGACACUUCGGAGGAACGGCCCGAGCUGUCCUUCUAAACUUUGUUUUUGCCUGAUUGCUGAGACGACAGUUGCUGUUUGCGCGGGUAGCUGAAGCAAUGCUCUGGCAACUCUUUUCUUUUUGGAGUUUUAAUGGGGAAAUUGAGGAUGGAUAUCAAAUGGAAAAACAAAUGGCCAAAGUGGGAAAUAGGGUACAGCAACACUUUGGGUGGGAUUUUGGGUAUAUGAUUCGUCUGAGGCAAGGAUUUUAUUGGAUGGGAGUCAUCCGUUUCUCUGAUACCCUCCCCCUCCCUACUAUAUAUACGGCUUUCAUGCCUUCUUCUCUGGCAUUGGGUUUCUAGAGACACAUGUGUGUUGUUAUAUAGCGACCUUUUAAUUUAAUGGGCUGUGACCCUCAGAACAUCUCUA